AUGAAUGAAAUUCGUAAAUUAAUACCAGCUACAAAUGAUUGGUCUGACACUACAUUACUUUUUGUAUUUCUAAUAUUUAUAUCAAUUAUAAUAUUUUUUAUAUAUUUAGUUAUAUUUUUUAUCUGUUCAAUAUUUAAUAAUUCAUCAUCUAUAAAUGAUAAUGAAAUUGAUCAAUUACGUAGAAAAAAAAAUCGUAUGAGGAAAGCUUUUAGUAAUUCAAUAUUAAGACGUGAUGUUAUUGUUGAAAUGGAUGGAAAUAAACCAAUUUGUUCUAAGGAAUUUUAUACAUGUACUACAUAUAAACCAAUAGUACAAACAGAUGAAAAUAUUUUUUCACAAUCACUUAUAGAAGAAAAUUAA